CAAAGGAACUGACAGCAAGCCCUGCUAGCUACAGUGCAGCUGAUCCCAGUUGUUGCUACAAGUCCCAUUUGCAAAGGAACAACUGAGAGUUCGCUUUAAGCACCCAAUAGUUUCCCUGAGGUCUCCCCUUUCCCUGCUCCACACCUGAUAUUAUGUAUGAGUUCUGAUGUGGGGCAGUUGGGCAUGGUUUGGGAGAAACAGUUGUGUGGUCGAAACGGGGGCCUGUGCUAGGCUUCAUGAGGCCUGCAGGCCGGAGGUUCCCCACCUCUGCCUUAAACAGAUGCAGAAAGUUAAUGGGGCUACCUGAAAUGGAGAGGAACGUAGAAUGGGAUUGCCUGCUUUUUUUCCUCAGAGGAUUCCUGUACCGUAAAGAGCAGCCUGAGACACAAUAGUUUAGUCCACAAAUCUCACUUUGGCUUCAUGUCCCCUGAAAGUCCUAUGUGAGGCAUCUCUUCUUUCGAAGGCUUUCCUCCUUCAUUUUGGGAUCUGAGAGGUAUGCAUAGAGCUCAUGGGGGGUGGCAGGUGGGAUCCUAUAACCCCUGGGCCAAAUUUGGCCUCCCCGUUUGCUCUGUGAGGCUGCUUCAGGCAAGCCUCCCCACCUGCCCUACACCUGACGUCAUACAGGUAAGGGUGGAGUUUAGCUGAAAGGGACUUUGGUGCCUGCGCAUCACUUCUAAGCCACCACCAACCAGGAAUUGGAUUCCUCACCUCUGGGCUAGGUUAGGAGGACGGGUGACAUUGGGGUGCUGCACCCCCCGAAACCCAAUUACUGGUGGUGUGCAUGCGUGCAGAUUGGGGGUGCCACACUCUGAGGCAUGUGCUCCCUGUGGAAGGAAGUGUGCCAAUGCCACGUGCCAGCGAAAAGGGCACCGCUAGCUUCUGGCUCCAUGUUUUUGAGGUAAUUAGCCUAAUGGGCCCAUGCUAACAAGUGCGGCUCCUCUCAUUAUCUCGGCCUAGCCGUUGGCUGCCUUUGUGGCUCGUAAGCGGCUGUCCGGUUCCUCAGACGUCCGUGGGUUCAUUACUGGAGGGGGAACGACAAAGGCGGGUGGAUGUCUUGGCCAGUCUCCAAGAGACGGGGUACAAAAGGAUCCUUCCUCUCUUUUCUGAUCCUCUCUGAGGGGUUGGUGGGGAGACGGUUAUUUCUGGCAUUGCCAUUGGAGAGGAUGUGUGUGCCUGUGUCACGUAUCAUGGGAGCAAGUGAGGUACCUGGAGCCUACGUAGAAAAUGGCCCUAUAAAUUGACCGCUUCCUCCAGCUUUUCCUUACAGCAUCACUCCUGGAAGGUCAUGACACAACCCCACUUGUCGCCUUGAAGACAACCAAGAUUAUGGAGAGCCGGAAGAUUAAGGUCCAGAGAGCCACCUUGCUGCUCCUCUUCUCCUUGCUCUGCUCCUCCGCCGUGACCAAACAAGCCGUGCCAGACUGCUGCCGUCAAAAGAGCUGCUCAUGCCACCUCUUUGAGCUGCUGCAUGGCACAGGCAACCACGCCGCCGGCAUCCUCACCCUUGGCAAGCGGAGCAGCGCCACAGCCACCACCAAGGCCUUCCAGAGCCGGCUCUAUCAACUCCUGCACAGUUCGGAGAACCAGGCCGCCGGGAUCCUCACCAUGGGCAAACGAGCAAGCGGGUCGAGGAUAGGAAACACAGAGGAUGUGCCUGGCAGCAACCAAGUAACGCCAGUGCCAUACUCUGCAGGGCCUGAUCCAGCCAUGGGCUGCCUAGCACCCCUUGAGAGGGACUUGCCACCUGGCCCAAAGAUGGGUGCUUCAGAUACCAUUUACUAAGGUUGUGCGUAUGUCUCAGCAGGGGGGGUGAAAUUGCAAGAAGCACCUUCUGCUUUCUAUCAUCGCCGCUGUCAUCUGUCCUUUAAUGCCAGGCAGCUGCUAGGUGCUGUCCCGGAGGCGGCAGCAACACGGUCCUUCCCCUUGUGUAAAUAGCUCUUUUCAAACUUCUGUCAACCUCACGCUCCUCUUGUGUUCUUUUCCAAAUAAAGCCAGCUAUCAUGUUCA